GAGUUGGGCGCGAGGAUCCGACGAGUAUUCUUUCUGCCUGUACGUAUGUACGAUACGAUAUGAGACAUGCAGUAGGGACGCUUUAAAGCCGAACUUCAAGAGCGAUUGCAGGAUUGAAUCAGUCUUUCCGUAGCCCAGAAGCCGCUAGUAGUGUAUUCUAUUUUGCUCGCCCGUGUUGAUGUUUAAAAAAUUCCGAUAGUUUCCUGCAUUGUUGAAUCGGUCGGUGCUGAAGCCAAGGAGUCGUGUGUUCGUCGUGAACGUGAUAUUUCAUUGAAUUGGGUCUGUGCGAUCCGAUCAUGGAGGUUCUUAUUCGUGCGAAUAAUAUCUUCCACGAAGUGGAGAAUGUGGUGAAUAAUCUAUCUAUUAGCCCACAGACGACUUUGGAGGAAGACUGGCUCCAGAAUUGGUAUGAAAUGUCCAAGUAUUUGGAGGAUCCCGAGCCAUCUGAUCCCCCUGCUUCGCCGGAUCCACUCCGCAGAAGCUCCCAUUGGCGAGAUUCCAUUGACUCGGACUCGACCAAUACUGAUUCAGAAACUGAAAGCGUGAUCCAACAUCCGAUCGAGGAGAUCGCGAUUGGCAACGCCAUUCCCAAAAUGAAGCAGGUCCAUAUCCUUCACCGUGACCUUCAUCGAGAAGGUGCUUCCAGUCAAAACUGGUCCAGGAACUACACGUCGCCCGUGAUCCGAAUUAUUGCACUUGAUGCCCAAAAUCAGCCGACUAAAGCUCAAAAUGUGUUCAUUCCUUCGCCUUCCAAAACGGCAUUGAAUAUCGUGGGCAACGGAAACAACUUUGCUCUCUCUCCAAUGUCUGCUUGCGCUGAUGAGCUGACCGACGCGCUCAAGAAACGUGUACAUAAGUGUCAUUUCCCAAACUGUGAGAAAAUGUACACGAAAAGCUCGCAUUUGAAAGCGCAUCAGAGGACGCAUACAGGUGAGAAGCCCUACCAAUGUUCGUGGGAAGGGUGUCUGUGGCGAUUUGCCCGCUCGGAUGAGCUGACCCGCCAUUAUCGGAAGCACACCGGGGCCAAACCUUUCCGAUGUUCCACGUGUGGUCGGCGAUUCGCUCGCUCGGAUCAUCUGGCCUUGCAUGCCAAGAGGCACCGGUAAACAUGGACCAACAACAAAUGCCCCACAAUUGGUGGCUGUUCCUGUUGCUGUUGUCGUUGUUGUCGUUGUUGUUGUUGUCAGUGAUGUGUUCUUAACCGUGCCUUCAGAGAAUGCUCAAAGAGAUCCGCCUCCGUUCCUUCAUCCUAGUCGCUACAUCGAGGGAAUCUAGUCGACUUCCACCGUGAUCAAAUCAAAGUAGUGAUUGGCACCACCUCUUCCAAAGAGAAAUGAACUAACCUUGCCAGCUGUGAUAAUAGUACCGUGCAAAACGUGUCUCCGAGCAAAUAUGUAUUUUUUUUAUGAAAUUAUGUGGCAGAACGAGUAUUCUCUCGAUAAUGUUGUGGUGCAUUUCCUCUCGAAAUUUGUCGAAUUUGCGGAUUGAAAGAGUGAGCAAGUAAGUGAGUGAGUCUUCGUCUUCAGUGUUGUUGACGAAUAUGAUGAUGAUGAUGAUGAUGACUCGCCCCCGCAUGAAUUGGGUUCGAAGAACAAACUAGCUGUAGUGGUAUCCUCUGACUCAUUUGAAGUGCUCGGCACUUCUCGCCUAGAACUACAGAUGAGACAUUGGAGACAUCGCCAACGUUCUUGGAAAUCCCGACAAAGACUUCAGUGAGAGUUACUCAGAUUAAGGUUCCUGCAUUUGAAAGCGAACUCCACUAAUGCUCAUGUGAUGCUCUAGGAAGUUAAAUGGAAAAUAAAAAGAUAGAAACAUCCA